AGAUUUUACGUUUAGGCUUUGUGUAAAUGCGGUAACAUUAGAUAUUGCGGGGUUAACAAACUUUCAGACAUAUUUAGCGGUGACCAGCAGAAAGCUGCAUGAUAUUAAAGUGAUUUUUCUUUCUGUCUAUCUACAUACAGCAAUAGUCAACGGAACUUUUUGACUACAAAAUGUCGCCUUCUUCACGGUUUCAUCGAGUCCGUCAAAUAACGGCUCGAGCAGUACAGAACAGGAAGGCCAAUCACAACGCAGUAUGCAAAUAAUAUAAGUAAGACGUCCAAUCACAAUUCAACAUUUAAAUAAACGUAUGUAAGUGGACCAAUAGCAAUCCAGUAUACAUAACCGAUAAGUGAUUCAAAUAUUACAACAACGCCAUAAUUUUGAAAGGUGAACUUUUUAACAAUGUAAGUCAAUUGGAAUUUCCACACUUUUACUUUGUUUUACUGAAAGUAUAUUUGUUUGUUUUUUUUCACAGUGGCCAAUACCUAACUGACAACCUAGCAACCACUAAUUCGUGUAAAUGUAUGUAACGUGUACAUCUUUCCUGCAUCGCCUUAAAGGUGUUAUUAACAACAAAAGGAUGAGAAAUGGCCUGUAGAUUAAAGCAAACUGUUUGUAAAUCAUCGCGCGGAUCAGUGUUGCAAAAGUAAACGAUCUGCUUGUGGACGCGCUCUCUGCCAAGAGACACCCUAUUCCUAAAAUAACCCCAGCUCUGGCAUCCAAAACGCGGCUUUUAUUCACGCACGCUAUGAAUUGGCAGGCCGAAUAACUUUAACAGACGGACCUGAUACGGUGUCGUGCGCUUAAACCAAACGAAACGACUUCGCGAGACAGCAGCGGACACCAACUGCCCGGUUACAACGUGAAAUGUCUUACAGGUCGAAGUAUUCAGACGGCACCUCACGGUCAACCGAACCGGCGGUUGACUUCACUUCUCCCGGUUUAGCGGUGAUGGAGGUCGAACGUCUUCUGGUCUCGGGAAAAGCCAUCUAUAAUAACGCAGAUGAAGUCUGGCCCAAUCUUUACAUCGGCAACAUGGAUAUAGCCGAGAACUGUUCGGAGAUAAGGAGGCAUCGCUUCACUCAUGUGCUGAACUGCGCCCACAGCUCCAGACGUGGCGGCGAGAUCUACGAUGGCAUGGGCAUCACAUACAUGGGCAUAGACGCACACGAUUCACCCACAUAUGACAUGAGUGUCAACUUUAACAAAGCUGCUGAGUUUAUACACGCAGCGCUGAAACAGAGAGGCAAAAUCCUGGUUCACUGUCAUGUUGGAGUGAGUCGAUCAGCAACUGUAGUUUUGGCAUAUCUGAUGCUGAAACAAAACGUGACGUUGGUGGAGGCAAUCCAGAAAGUGAAAGAGGGAAGAGGCGUCUAUCCCAACCGAGGCUUCCUCAGACAACUCAUUGACCUUCAUAUUAAAUUAUACGGCUACAGAAACUAGACACACGACAGCCAUGAGAGACAAUGAAAACUGAGCAGACGGGAGAAACGUGGAUCAGCGUGGGGUUUAAUAUUUUUGGAGCAGAGACUUUGUGCAGCUUGUUCAUUUGAAUUGUAUUUGAUCCAUCUUACUAUUUUGUAUGGCUUUAUUUAAUUAAAAUAAAUGUUAAAUGAGCAUAUCAAAA